CUCAAUUGCUAUUCGACCACUCAAUUGUAUUAUUCGCUCUCUCUUUUUUUCUUUUCUUUUUUUGGAGAUACUUCAUUCCCUCCUCCAGUUCCGAUGGGCUCCUCAGCCAAAGUAGUAGCCAGAGAGCUCACUCAUUUGGUUCGCGUAUACACCGAUGGUUCAGUGGAACGUAUUCCAGACCCGCCCUUCGUUCCACCAUCAGCAAACCCAGAUCCAGCAACAGGAGUCUCGUUCAAGGACAUAACCAUCUCUGAAAAUCCCAAAAUCUCCGCUCGUCUCUACCUCCCAAAAACCCAACAACAAGACCAGAAACUCCCAAUCUUGGUCUACUUCCAUGGUGGUGCAUUUUGCCUUGGAUCCGCCUUCACAUUUGUUGAACAUCGUAACAUCAGCCGUUUAGUCUCGGAAGCCAAAGUUGUUGCAAUCUCUGUUGAGUACAGACUAGCCCCAGAGGACCCUGUCCCUGCAGCUUACGAGGAUUCUUGGGUCGCGCUCAAUUGGGUUGCAGCUCACUCCAAACCCCGGAACGAGCACAAUCAGGAUCCAUGGCUAUCGAAUUAUGGUGAUUUUGAUAGACUUUACAUAGGAGGUGAGAGUGCUGGUGGUAAUAUAGUUCAUAACAUCGCCAUGAGAGUGGGAUCUGAGAAUUUGAAAGGCAAUGUCAAAAUCUUGGGGGCUUUUAUUUCUCAUCCUUAUUUCUGGGGCUCAAAGGCAAUAGGGUCGGAAAAUGAUCCUAACAAGCCCAAGCCAUAUGGGUCUUUUGAUUCCCAAACAAUUGGGACAGAACCAGGUGUUGAUCAUGAUAAGACCUUCCCAGCUUUGGUUUGGGACUUUGUGUACCCAUCAGCUCCUGGAGGUCUUGACAAUCCAAUGCUCAAUCCUGAGGGUCUCGGGGCACCAAGCCUGGCGGAGCUUGGGUGUUGGAGGUUGAUGAUCUGUGUGGCUGCGGAAGAUGAACUGAGAGACAGAGGUGUUCGGUACUAUGAAUUGGUGAAGGAGAGUGGUUGGAAAGGUGAAUUGGAGUUCCAUGAAGAUGAAGGAGUGGGUCAUGGAUUUUACGUUAUGGAUCCUGAGACUGCGAAAGCUAAGAACAUGUACAAGCGAUUGGCUUCGUUUCUCAAGUAGUUAAGUGUUGGCAGGAUAAAACUAUAAGCUUUCCAGUAAUCCAAUAAAUAAGCAUUUUAUUUUUUGGUUUUCGUAUUUUAAAUUAAAAGGAAUGAUUGUAUUUGUACAUCUCAAAACUCAUGGGCUCAUGCAUGGGUUCAAUUCACCUUGUCCAACAUGAGCUCGUGUGUAUAUGAUGAGGGCUAUAUACACUCCAUGAUUUACUA